AAACCUACGAGCGUGCUCGCUUCGACCUCUGGCCUUUCUCCUGGUCACGCUCGUCCUCGUCCUCUUUGGCAUGGGGGUCCUGAGCCCAAGAAUCCUGAUGCUGGAGACCAGAUCAGAAGGAGAAGGGAUGCUUUAUCCGCAGCCCAUGGUGAUGACGCCCUCGAGGAAAGACGUCCUCGUCCUGACCCCCUGGCUGGCGCCCAUCGUCUGGGAGGGGACCUUCAACAUUGACAUCCUGAACGAGCAGUUCCGGCUCCAGAACGUCACGGUCGGGCUCACCGUGUUUGCCAUCAAGAGGUACGUGGUCUUCCUGAAGCUCUUCCUGGAGACGGCCGAGCAGCACUUCAUGGUGGGGCACAGGGUCCACUACUACGUCUUCACCGACCGGCCGGCCGACGUGCCCAGCGUGGCGCUGGGGGAGGGCCGCCGCCUGGUGGUGCUCGAGGUCCCGGGCGCCGCGCGCUGGCAGGACGUGUCCAUGCGCCGCAUGCAGAUGAUCAGCGACUUCUGUGAGCGGCGCUUCCAAAGGGAGGUGGACUUUCUCAUCUGCGCGGACGCGGACAUGCGCUUCAGCGACCACGUGGGCGUGGAGAUCCUGUCCCCGCUCUUCGGCACCCUGCACCCCGGCUUCUACAGGGCGACCCGCCAGGCCUUCACCUACGAGCGCCGGCCGCAGUCCCAGGCCUACAUCCCCCGGGACCAGGGCGACUUCUACUACAUGGGGGCGCUCUUCGGGGGGUCGGUGGCCGAGGUUCAGCGGCUCACCAAGGCCUGUCACCAGGCCAUGAUGGCCGACCAUGCCAAUGGCAUCGAGGCCGUUUGGCACGACGAGAGCCACCUGAACCGGUACCUGCUGGACCACAGGCCCACCAAGGUGCUGUCCCCGGAGUACCUGUGGGACGAGCAGCUGCUGGGCCGGCCGGCCGUCAUGAGGAAGCUGAGGUUCGUGGCUGUGCCCAAGAACCAUCAGCAAAUCCGCAACUGAGGGUGCCCUGGGGGCGCGGGGAGGGCUGGGGGCCGACUGCACUUCCUUUUCUGUCCUGUGGAGGCCUGGCACUGCCCCAACCCCCAAAUACAGGCCUUGGGGCACCUCCGCCCUGUGCACAGGCAUGCAGGAGACGGGCCUGGCCAUCGCUCCCACUGGGUGCCCCUCGGGCCCUUCAGCUCAGAUGAGGCAGGUGGUCCCGGCCCCUCCUGACAAACAGGGGGUCCCAGACGAAGUCGCUCCAGGGAAAG